AUGGAGAACAAAGGGAAGAACAUCGAACAAGCUCAAGAAAGUUGUUAUCAUCAGUGGAUGAGUUUACAAUCCCAACGCGUCCCUGAGCUUAAACAAGCCUUAGCUCAACGGCGCACUCACGAAGGCACCGCCGACGCUGCCGCCGAUGAUAACAAGCUCCGUGAAUUAACACAAAACAUCAUUGGAGAUUUCAAAAAUUACGCUGGAAAAAGAGCUGAUUUAUCUCACCGAUGUAGCUCGAACUAUUAUGCGCCGUCGUGGAACACUCCUUUAGAGAACGCUCUUAUUUGGAUGGGUGGUUGUAGACCUUCUUCUUUCUUUAGGCUCGUUUAUGCUUUGUGUGGGUCCCAAACUGAGAUUCGUGUUACUCAGUUUCUCCGCAACAUCGACGGCUACGAUUAUUCAGGUAGCGAUGGCGCAUCACUUAGCGAUCUAACGGCAGAGCAACUAGCAAAGAUCAACGUGUUGCAUGUAAAAAUCAUAGACGAAGAAGAGAAGAUGACAAAGAAAGAUUCGAGCCUGCAAGAGGACGCGGCGGAUAUACCCAUCUCCACCGUGGCUUACGCAGAGGAGCACGUGGGAGAGCCUAACGCAAUGGUGGAUCAAGCUCUCGACAAGCAAGAAGAAGCUAUGGCCACUUUAUUGGCCGAGGCCGAUAAUCUAAGGGUAGAUACUUUAACCAAGAUCAUAGAGAUUCUGACGCCAGUGCAAGCGGGGGAUUUUUUGAUGGCCGGAAAAAAGCUUCAUCUUUCAAUGCAUCAGUGGGGAGCGUUGAGAGAUCAGCGCCGCCGUGAAUGCAUAAUUGACGUUGGACAUGAUGCCGGAGGAGAGGAGGAGAAGUAG